AUGACCAAUGAAGGAAUGUGGGUGAUAGGCUAUGGCUCCUUGAUCUUUAAGCCGCCUCCCAGGUAUGCCUUCAAGGUGAACGGUUACUUGAAAGGUUUCAUAAGAAGGUUCUGGCAAAGCUCUUCGGAUCACAGAGGCACGCCUGAAGCCCCUGGCCGAGUUGUGACCCUAAUCUCGUUGGAGGACUUAAAGAACAAUGAUGUUUUCCACAACACUUUGCACAUGUACGAGUUGAAUGGUACUCAUCCAGAAACCGAUUUCUCCUCAGAUAACGGACCUAUCAAAGAUGUCCAGUGCAAGAUCAACGAGUUGACCAAUGAUGAUUUGAAGGUCUGGGGUGUUGCGUACUACAUUGAGCCACAAGAUGUGGACUACAUCAAAAACUACUUAGACGUUAGAGAACAAGAUGGGUACACCUCGCACCAAAUUCCUUUCCACAUCACCAAUUCUCACGAGGUGGAGCACCCUGCAUUGACAGAGGUGCCACGAGAUCCCACCACCGGAGACUUCUUCAUUGAGUCUAUGAUCUAUAUUGGCACCAUUGAUAAUGUGUCUUUCGUAGGCCCGGAAUCAAUAGAGCAAACUGCCAAAACAAUAAGACACUCCGAAGGUCCAAGCGGAAAAAACCAAGAUUACUUGUUUGGCUUACAUACGGCAGUACAGCAACUCGACAAGUACUCCAGAGACUACUACCUCGAGGAUUUGGUUAAGAUUGUCAAAGAGAAUAGCUAA